AUGAGCACCAGGGCUGCAUCUCACGCUGGCUCCUGGUAUUCAGGCAGCCGCCAGACCCUCUCACUCCAGCUCGAUCAAUGGCUGGACCGAGUGCCAGGUACACUCGAAGGGCUGGGUUCUCUGCCAGUACCUGGCGCGCGAAUCAUCAUUGCCCCCCAUGCGGGAUACAGCUACUCCGGACCUUGCGCCGCGUACGCCUACAAGGCCCUGGAUCUCUCCAAGGCAAAACGUAUCUUCGUGCUUGGCCCAUCGCAUCAUCACUAUUUUGAGACGCUGGCCCUCCCCAAGCUGACCGGCUACCAUACCCCGCUGUCUGACGACCCCCUCCCGCUCGAUACGGAGCUUAUCGCCAAACUCCGGGCAACAACAGCAACCAGGCCCAAUGGCUCAACAAUCGGCUUCGAAGACAUGUCUCGAUCAGUCGAUGAAGACGAACACAGCAUCGAGCUCCAUCUCCCAUACAUCCACCGCCUCCUGCAACUCCAACACCCUAACAAAAAGACCGCAGAGUAUCCCCCACUCGUGCCGAUACUGGUAGGAAACACCUCCAAGUCAACGGAAAGCGCCUUUGGCGCCUUACUGGCUCCAUACCUCGAAGACCCAAGCAAUGCGUUUGUCAUCAGCUCCGACUUUUGCCACUGGGGCCUCCGCUUCCGCUACACAUACUACGUCCCCCAAGCCCCCGUGCCAGGCCCAAAGCUGCCGCUCUCCUCAUAUGACCUGCCACAGCCCGAGGACGACAAAACGGAAAUUGAAGACCGGAUCGAGACCGCCUGUGCAGGCCACCACCUCAAGCGGCGCGACAAGAUCCGCCGAGACCAGCCGCUGAUCCACGAGAGCAUCUCCUCAUUCGACAUUGCGACCAUGGCAGCGAUUGCCACGGGCAAGGCCGACCGCUUCACCGACAUUCUUCAGAAGACAGGGAAUACGGUCUGUGGGCGCCACCCCAUUGGUGUCAUCAUGGCGGCCAUUGAGGCUGCGGGGAUGCAGGAGGGAGGAAAGGGCAAGUUCCACUUUGCGCGGUAUGAGCGGAGCUCGGACAUUGGGGAGGUUGUUGAGGAUAGCUCGGUCAGCUAUGUUUCGGCGUUUGCGGUUGUGUAG